UUUUUUUUUAGUAUCAAAUUUAAAACUGUUACCUUACAAAAUCGCUUCCGUAUAACUGCCACACCAAAAAAAGGUUACAUAAUUAUGUGAAACAUAACUUUUUUUUUUUUUGGUGCUGCAGUAAUCCGUAUUACGGAAGUAUGUGAAAAAAAUAAUUAUGUGAAACGCGACCUCAUUUUUUAUUUUUUUGGUGUGGCAGUAAUACGCUUCCGUCAUAUUCACUUAUAACUUUGUAUCCUUCUUAAUUUGACAGCGGAACUUUUGGUUGUCUCGUCGUUUCUUGUUGAAUAAGACAGUGCGACGCAUUGAAACGAGCACCGGAAACCACACUAGCACAAACAAAUGCUUCACUUUUCGGUUCCUGAAAAUCCAAAUGCCGUUUUAUUGUCUUUUGUGGUUCAAGAUGUUGUUUAGUUGUCUUUGCUGUUUCGGUUUGCUGUCUGCGUACGCGGCGGAGGCAGCCGACGACAACGACGGCAUGGCCGCCAUCCCCGGCGGGAGGAUGAUGACGACGACGACGACGAGGGGCGAAGAGGUCGAGAUUCACCUUUCGCCCUUCCUGUUGGACAAAAAACCCGUCACUAACUCGGCCUUCAGAGACUUCGUGAGGGACCAAAAGUACAAAACAGAAGCUGAGAAGUUUGGUUGGAGUUUCGUCUUCCAGGAUUUCGUGUCUGAAGAUGUCAGGGACAAAGUAACCCACACCAUUAAGGCUGCUCCGUGGUGGCUUCCGGUUGAGCGAGCCUUCUGGAGCCCUCUGGUGCCGGUUCUGGUAUCGCUGCCCGGCUGGACUUCCCGGUGGUCCAGGUUAGCUGGAACGACGCUCGGGCCUUCUGCAGCUGGAAGAGGAAAAAGUUGCCCACGGAGGACCAAUGGGAGUGGGCGGCCAGAGGGGGACUCCAACGCGUGGACUUCCCCUGGGGUGCGCACUUCCAGGCUAACAGAAGCAACCUGUGGCAGGGCCCGUUUCCGGACGGCGACGCGGCGGAGGACGGAUAUCACGGCCUCGCGCCCGUCGACGCCUUCCCGCCGCAGAACGACUUCGGACUGUCGGACAUGUUGGGCAACACGUGGGAGUGGACGGCCAGCGCGUUCCCGCCGACGGGCGGCUCGCGGGAGGAAAUGUUCGCGCUGCGCGGCGCCUCCUGGAUCGACACGGCCGACGGCUCCGCCAAUCACAGAGCGGAUGUCGCCGCCAGGAUGGGCAACACUCCUGACUCGGCCUCGGACAACCUGAGCUUCAGGUGCGCCCGCGACGGCGGCGGCGAGCGGGGACGACGCACGGACUUGUGAACGAGGACGAGACCCAGAAGACGACGGAACCACCGCGACUUUGAAAGCUUUCGGUGCGGUGCAGAGGAUUCAAAGUUGUAGGUAAUGCGAUACUUGCUAACGAGCGUGAGGUAGAAAUGAGACGUGCGUCACGCUUGCCGGCAGAAAAUCCAAAGUUGCCGUCAGACGGGAACGCUACGAAGUCCCUGCCAUCAUCCAGGAUUGAAAACGAGACUUUCUCAGCUGUGAUUUCCACCCAAGAACCUGUGCACGAUGUUCCGUAUACACUUUUUUUUUUCAUUUUUUUUGCAAUAUCGUCGCUGUUCUCUCAAGGUUUAUUUGUCUUGGCAUCUUCGCCACAUUUCCGCUGUGCUCGUGACAUCGGGAAUGAGAAGAAAGCGUGUUGAUCAAAUUGCUUCUAACAGGUCGACUUUGUCAGUUCGAUUGAGGCAAAUGUGCGCGAAAAUAUAAAUAAAGCAAGUUGAAUGCAGAUGA